GGAGCGAACUGUUGCCGCCGCGGCCGCGGGACGGGACAGGUGAUCUCGCGCGCGCGCGCGUGUGCGACUGUCAGUCAUGAUGGUUCGUGGUGAUCGCGCACGGAGAAACAUCACUGAUGAUCAAUAUAUCGCCGUGUGCUCACUGCUGCUCGGCUGCACCGACUGAAAUCUGGACCUCCAGGUGACUCCGGCCACCGCGCGCAGAUCACGAUGACGAGCAAGAAGAGUCAGACCCUCCGCAUCGAGUCCGAGAUCGAUCGGAAUCGCGAGGAUGGCAACUGGAAGAAGGUUAUAGAGCUGGCAGAACACCUAAAAGUGCAGUACCCCAGCAACGAAUGUUUGGCGAACUUCUUGUGCGGAGAGGCAAGACUGGAGAGUUUUUUAGAACAGUCUCCGCCGAUAGACGCCAACAUUAGCAAAGCACGAAGUGGACUAGUAGAAACACGAAAGUACUUGAUAUUAGCUGCUAAUGAAAAGGACAAACAGGCUCUGGUUGUACUGGAUGCUCACUUGCUGCUUGGGAAACUGCACUAUGCGAUGGGGAUGUACGACGAUGCGCUCCAUCACUAUGAACAAGCUGAGCUAGACACACUCACAGAAAAGCAAUUACCUUGUCGAAGUUUACGUAUUAUAGCGGAAUCAUAUGCCAUCAAAGAGAAAGAAAGAUCGUUUACUUUAGACACAGACAAACAUUUGUCCUGCCGAAGACUGCGCAUUUUAGCAGACUCGUAUGCGAUCAAAGGUCUCUGUCUGGAAAGGCUACCACCAAACUCCAAGUCAAAGUACAAGAUUGCAGAAUGGCAUGAGCAAAUAAUCAAGUGUUACGAGAUUUCCGGCGACUUGACGCUGGUGUAUCUACAAGAGCAAGAUAAAAUAGCCAUACAACAACAGAAUGGCAUUUCCACUAUAAACACGAAUAGUAGUAUAGGUACAGGUACAGGUACAGGUACAGCUUCCACAUCUUCAGUAUGUUCAACGAAACAUAUCGGUCCUAUCUUGGAAACUGCACUGCAAAGAGCGCCAAUAUUGCACAUUCAAACUGGCAACAUACAAGCCGCCAUCAAUCGUUACAGGGAAAUUCUAUCCGCCGUUGAAUCCACGACUACUCAGAGUCUGCGAGUAACGCUGACCAGACAAUUGGCGGAGGUAUUGCUGCGCGGUAUAACUGGCGCCGACUACCAGCCACCGGAAGAUCAGACUGAGACAACAGCUGUCGUAAGUAGCAGACGGCUGAACUAUUGCGCCAAUUUGUCCGACUCGCCCUGGAAACCGAAGAAAUACGCGGGACCCAACAUGUUCGUACCAAGAAACGAGUUUGAGGAGACGAUAUUAUUACUGCUGAUUAGCGAAGCGAUGGCGGUGCGAGACGCCGUUCUCAGCCAGUCGCCCGAAUUCAAGGAGGCGAGGAUACACGCGUUUGAGAACGCCACCGCUGUUUACGACUUGCUCACAGUUGUCGUUGUUAGAUGGAGUCAAGUGGAGCUUCUACACGAGUCGUUUGAAAGAGCAAUGAAAUUUUCGCACGAAGAGGCACAUAUAUGGACGCAAUAUGCACUGUGUCUCAUCAGUAUGGGAAGAUACAUGCACGCUUACAGGGUUCUGAAAGUAGUCGCCAGACUAUCGCCACAGAAAGUAAUGCCCUGCUUGCUGGCCGCGAGACUGUGCUACGAGCAGUUAAAUAUGAUAAGCGAAGGCAUUGAGUGGAGUCAGAAAGCUCUUCAGCGAGAGAUGGCGAGUCCGCAGGGAAUGCAAUCCAGAUGCCACCUGUAUAUCGGAAUCGGCCACAGUAUGCUCUCGACGAACACGAUAGUGAAACAGGAUAAAGUGAAUCACACGAACACCGCGUUGGAUUGCUUUCAAAAGGCGCAACAGUGCGAUCCAAAUGAUCAUUUGGCAGAGUAUUACUUGGCUCACGAGUAUGCGAUAAACAGGCAGAUAACCGACGCCAUUGUGCACGUGAAAAUCGCGCUGAAUUUACGAGCAGAACACAUUCCGUCGUUGCAUUUAUUCGCAUUACUCCUGUCAGCCCAUAAACAGUAUUCCGAGGCGUUGCACGUGAUAAACAGCGUAUUGGAACAAUAUCCGGACAACCUAAAUUUCCUCUAUGUUAAGGCGCAUCUCGAACUGCGGAGUAUCGGUGGCAUCGAUGCGCUGUACACCAUCAGUCACAUGUUGCACCUGUGGAAAAAUCUUUACGAGGAUCAGACGAGCGUAGGCUGUAACGAACAACAGAGCGAGAAGCGCAGCGAGACCAGAAGCGUCUUUCAACUGUACACGUCGGAAAUGUCUGAUAAGGAUUCCAGCUCGUUGCACGCACAAUCUUUAGCCGCUUCGAGAGUCGAGCAGGCCCUGUCCGAAGUCGCCUCCUCGAUUAGUUCGUUCACGCCGAAGCCAGGACCGCAACGGGCGUGGCUGCUGCAGUUGCAGAUCUGGCUCUUACUCACCGAGGUUUUCCUUAUCCUGGACCAACCGAAUAGCGCCUUCCUAUCUCUCCAAGAGGCCACCGCUAUUUUUCCGCUGAGCCACCACAUUAUGUACACGCGUGGCCUUCUGCACGAGUACAAGCUGGAGUAUACAGAAGCGAAACAAUGUUAUCAAAAUGCCGUUUCAAUCAAUCCUUCUCACAUCAAGAGUCUGCAACACCUGGGUCUUAUCUAUCACUAUUUGGGUAGCCAGAGACUGGCUGAGAAAACCUUGAGGGACGCCGCGAAGAUCGAUCCAAAUUCCCAUCAGACUUGGUAUAAUCUAGGGAUGGUUUUGGAAUCAUUGGGCGAUGUAGAGGCGGCCAGCGACUGUAUGGCAACGGCAUUGGAAGUCGAGACGACGAAUCCCAUCUUACCGAUUCUAUCGAUACCGGUGACCUUCGAGUGAUUGAAAUCUCUUAAGAUUUCUUAAGAUAAGAUUCGAUAAAGUCACCGUUUAUCUCUUUCUGCAUCUUCGCGGGCAUUUCCUCGCUUUCCCGUCAAUAGUACCUGGACUCAUUGUGCUAUUGUAUAAACUUAUUGUUAAAGAAAUACAAAGGAUAUUGUAAUUGUACAAAUAGUUGCAACCGAUGUAAUAAAUUCGAAUAAAAUCGUACUUCCAAA